AUGAUCCGCAGCGAUCAGAAAUGGCACGUCAUUGAUGAAUUUGUGGCGCCAUCGCAAGAUUUGCCCUUCCAACAGGCACCCUUUGGCCGUCUGGCCGCUGAGCUUCGCAACAGCAUAUAUGAGUGCGCUCUGAUCGAAGAUGCUGAGAUCGAUGUCACUUCCUUCCCGAGAACUUAUCCCACGCCGGGCCUCCUCCAUACCUGCAGACAGCUGCGUUCAGAAGCGACCGCAAUUUACUACAGCCGGAACUGCUUCUUGCUCCGGUGCUUCAAGGUGCACAACCCUGCCCUCAAAUGGGUCUUUGCUAUUAGGCAAGAGCAAGCGAGAUUUCUCCGAAGGAUCAAGGUCAAGUCUGAGGAUGCUCGUUACCCUAACCAUAUGCAUCCUGUACUCAAAGCUCUAGCUAUCACUUUGGUUUGUCGGGAUGCGAUACACUUCGACGCGGAUGCUUUCUCGGCACUGUCACAACGCCUUCAGUGCGAAACGUCAACCUUGUUCGAAGCUACUCUCAGCUCUACUGGCUACCCAAGAACGCAGCCCGACUUCCGUUGCACCUCUCGCUCUUCAAUAAUGGUGGCAUCGCCAUGCCGCGCAUGCCGUCCCCAGCAAAUUGCUGACGCAGACAAUUCGACUGCGGAAGAAGGCACUUCACAUGUGCUGAGCCCUUCCUACUUCCGCAAGACAACGAUCGAAGAGUUUGAGACGCGUGAGGCGGAGGGUUCAACCAAGAAGUGGCUUCGGGAGUUGGACAGUAUCACAGAGGAUGAUUUCAGCACAGCAUCUCCUCGUGCGUAUGUUGGCGACUGCACUGACAGUGUCGUUGUGCCGUCAUGCCUACCUGACAUUUAUGGCGCCUACAAUUUCAUUGAAAACUCUGCCCGAGACCGUGGAUUCCCGCAGCUCCCAUCAUCCACCCACACCGUUGAAGCUGCCUGCUUAGUCGCACUGGUGGCCCGUGCGACGGACAUGACAAUCGAGUACGCCUUCGUGCUACUGAACCGGGCGGGUUGGAAACCUGAGCGUGCCAGGCGCGCAUAUUCUAGGGUGCAAGAGGAGCUUCUGGCGGCGCUGUAUAACCGAAAUGAUAUGGAAUCCUUGCAGUCUCGCACUACAUCAGAGCUCGCUCUUGUCUGUUCAGUCUCAGGGUGGUCUUGCGAACACAGCAGUCAAGCAGCCAAACGCGCCGGACUUCGUGGGUGCCAUCGAACUAAUUUACCUUCACCGUUGCCUCGACGAGGUCAAGCCGGUCCUUCCGAUAAGCGUCAAUGGGACUUGGGCUGCGUGCCUCGUCGCCAAGCUCUCCUUCGAGGCGAGCAUGCCGAAUCACAUUACUGGAGCUACGAAGGAGCUAUGCGCGCAUUCCACCGCCUGGGGCAUUCGCUGCCGGCUACACCAUAUCGGACGAACAGCAACACCAAUGAGAUUGGCAGUGUCUUGCACGUUAGCCAGUCCUGCCGGACCAAUCGCGCCAGCGCUACCGAGAAGUCGAUCGUACUGUCGCCCCCACCCGGCCUGCACCGCCCAUAUAAGACUUUCGAGGCCUGCAAAGGCGAGACUGAUGGCGAGAGCGAAGAUAUAUCCAACAAUACGGUUGCGACGUCCCGCAAAACGGCCACAUCUGCUCAAACAGAUAGUUCUCAUCUUAGCAGCACCACCUCAGCUCAUACGAAGCAAUCCGGACCCAGCUAUGAUCGCGCCUCAGGAACCGUUCAGUUGAACGAAGCAAGCCUAAGCCUUCCGCCAUUCGUCGGCAAGGUCGAGGCUGCUUACCUGGUCGGUCAACUCGCCUUCGAAACACGUCUGACGACCGAGUAUGCGUUCGAAUGUCUCAACCGGAACGGCUGGAAUUACGACAAUACGAUGCGCGUGUACAAAGGCGUCAAGCACCUGCUCCCGCGGGCAGCCGUCGAGUCAGACUAA